AUCGCGUGCGGCUUGUUUGUGCUCAUGGUCGCGCGGACUUCCGUGCGUUUGGUUUGGAGGCACUUUAUCCAAAGUAGAAUGGGAGAUAUGUCCUCCAAAGUGCGAAUGCCAACUCCGGAGGAAGCGCUGCCUGGAAGGGAGCAGAGCAUGAAAGUGUCAGCUAAGCACGACGUGAAUGGUAACAGGACAGUGCCACCGUUCCCAGAGGGAUUGCAGAUGGUCUUAUUCGGUAUGGGCUGUUUCUGGGGUGCGGAGAGGAAAUUCUGGAAGCAAAAGGGGGUCUAUUCCACUCAAGUGGGCUAUUCUGGUGGUUACACCCCAAACGCGACCUAUGAGGAGGUGUGCACAGGUAAAACAGGGCACACUGAGGUGGUUCGUGUGGUCUAUGAGCCUGAGAAAAUCAACUUUGCACAGUUGCUCAAGGUAUUCUGGGAAAGCCACAAUCCCACACAAGGAAUGCGCCAGGGCAACGAUGUUGGAACGACCUAUCGAUCAGCGAUCUACGCAUACACACAGGAACAACUCUCCGAGGCAGAGCGCUCCAAGGAUGAAUAUCAGAAGGUAUCCCUCUACAACUUGUUCCUAUUUCUCCCCUCCCUUUAUGAAGACCCCACUAAUAACCCUUGGGUGAUCUUUAUGAUAACACAACAAUUUGUGGAUUAGUGGUUCUCAACUGGU